AUGAAUCCACCCGUUGAGUACGAUCGUGAGAGUAUUAGUGAAUUGCCGCAGCUUCUUCCUCUCGACGCCCGCACCUCUCGACGCCCGCACUUCGACGCCCGCACUCGACGCCCGCACCUUCGACGCCCGCACCUCGACGCCCGCACCUCUCGACGCCCUCACUUCGGAUGCCCGCACCUCUCGACGCCCGCACCUCCCGACGCCUACACCUCUCGACGCCCGCACCUCUCGACGCCUGCACCUCUCGACGCCCGCACCUCGACGCCUCACCUCUCGACGCCCGCACCUCCCGACGCCUACACCUCUCGACGCCUACACCUUCGACGCCCGCACCUCCUGACGCCUACACCUCUCGACGCCUACACCUCUGACGCGUACACCUCUGACGCCCGCACCUCUCGACGCCCGCACCUUCGACACCCGCACCUCCUGACGCCUACACCUCUCGACGCCUACACCUCUCGACGCCUACAUCUUCGACGCCCGCACCUCUCGACGCCUCACUCUCGACGCCCGCAUCUCGACGCCCGCACCCCGGACGCCUACACCUCUCGACGCCUACACCUCUCGACGCUCGCACACCUCUCGAAGUCCGCACCUCUCGACGCUCACACCUUCGACGCCUGCACCUCUCGACGCUCGCACCUCUCGACGCCCGCAAAUCUCGACGCCCUACACCUCUCGACGCCUACCUUCUCGACGCCUGCACCUCUCGACGCCCGCACCUUCGACGCCUCCUACACCUCUCGACGCCUACACCUUCCGACGCCCGCACCUCUCGACGCUCGCACCUCUCGACGCUCGCACCUCUCGACGCCUGCAAUCUCGACGCCCACACCGACGCCUACACCUCUCGACGCCCGCACCUCUCGACGCCCGCACCUCCCGACGCCUCCGCACCUCCUGACGCCCCCCACCUUCGACGCCUACACAUCUCGACGCCUACACCUUCGACGCCAGCACCUCUCGACGCCCCCACCUCUCGACGCCCCCACCUUCGACGCCUACACCUCUCGACGCCCGCACCUCUCGACGCCCGCACCUCUCGACGCCCGCACCUCCCGACGCCUACACCUCUCGACGCCUACACCUCUCGACGCCCGCACCUCCCGACGCCCGCACCUCCUGACGCCCGCACUCCCUGACGCCCACCUCUCGACGCCUACACCUCUCGACGCCCGCACCUCCCGACGCCCGCACCUCCCGACGCCUACACCUCUCGACGCCCGCACCUCUCGACGCCCGCACCUCCUGACGCCUACACCUCUCGACGCCCGCACCUUCGACGCCCGCACCUUCGACGCCUGCACCUCGACGCCGCACCUCUCGACGGCCGCAUCAUAA